AUAGUGCGGUGUUGUGUCCUUAUUUGUAGUGAAAAAAGCCUGGAGUCCGGCUUUGACAGCUGUGCGCGACCUUUCUUUGAGCCUCUUAAGAUGGGAAUAACAUCCCGCCUCCUUGGCGGGGCUGUCUCGGGGAAAGCGCUGUAGACAUGAGAGCUAUAAUGCCAAGUCACCGAAGGGGCCAAAGGUCCAGUUUCAUGAGGGAAAAGAGGGUUUGUUUUCAGUCUACGACCCCUGUGGGUCCUCGAAGGUCUGGGCAGGAGUCCUGGUCCUCGCUGGCUGCGCUACGCGGAGCUGACCGCGGCGCCGAGGCGAGUGCACCGACACUCUGGACCCGUGACACGGGCAGGCUCUUGUGUCAGGGUGGAGUGCAGCGACCUCGGCGGCGGGCCCACACGUUACCUUGAACUUGGAAGCUGGCGCCGUUCCCCGGCUCCCUCCUCGAUAGCUCCAGCAGGCGUCCUCCUUUCGAGAGGAACACUUCCGGCACCGGAGGGCGAAGAAAGGGGUGGAGAGCCAAUUUAAAGAGCUGCUUCCGUUUCGGAGGACCGUCAGGGCGGUACUUCCGUCGGCGGGACUCUUUUGAAGGGUGGACUUGCCGGGCGGGAGAGUGUCCGGCGGAUGAUAUUAAGGGCCGGACGCUUCCGGCCCGAGGAAGCCUAGCCUCCCGGAGCAGAGUGUAAGGCCCGGUCGGAGGGGCUGGGAUCAUGGCAGAGAAUCACCGCGAGCUGCUCCCGGCUCCCGGCGCCGCCGUGGUCGGGGUGGGGCCGGGGGGCGGUUUGUGUCGGUGCUGUGGCUUUGGGCUUGCGCCCCUCGGGGAGCGGGCUGCUGGCGGCGGCUCCAAGUGGGUCCGGCUCAACGUGGGCGGCACCUACUUCCUCACCACCCGGCAGACGCUGUGCCGGGACCCGAAAUCCUUCCUGUACCGUCUGUGCCAGGCAGAUCCGGACCUGGACUCGGACAAGGAUGAAACAGGUGCCUAUUUAAUAGACAGAGAUCCCACCUAUUUUGGGCCAGUCCUGAACUAUUUGAGACAUGGAAAACUGGUCAUUAAUAAGGACCUCGCAGAGGAGGGAGUGCUGGAGGAAGCUGAAUUUUAUAACAUCACUUCACUAAUAAAACUUGUAAAGGACAAAAUUAGAGAACGAGACAGCAAAACAUCACAGGUGCCAGUCAAGCAUGUCUACAGAGUGCUUCAAUGUCAAGAGGAAGAACUCACCCAAAUGGUUUCAACCAUGUCUGAUGGCUGGAAGUUUGAGCAGCUUGUCAGUAUAGGUCCUGCCUUUGGCUAUGGCCGGCACCACCAGUCAGAGUUUCUGCUGAUAGUGUCUCGGGAAGUGACAGGGGAGGAGACACGUUUCCAGAAAUGCUGCAGUGAGCUGGUCAGUAUUGGUUCAUCUUAUAACUAUGGAAAUGAAGACCAAGCUGAAUUUCUUUGUGUUGUCUCCAAGGAGUUGCAUAAUACCUCUUAUGGCACAACCAGUGAACCCAGCGAAAAGGCAAAGAUUUUGCAAGAGAGGGGUUCCAGGAUGUGAAGACCACAGUAUUGAGAACUGAAGAAUUUUCACUUUUUUUCCUCCCAAAAUACAAUGAAUUGCCAUGUUGAAGAGGCUUGGCUGUAAGAAGAAACCUGCUUUAGACAAUUUUCUAUUGAGAUCUGGGUUUGAAUUUGAAUCUUUUUUUGGGGGCCCGUUGAGGUAGUGUGAGAUGGAAUUGACUGGCUGAGAGAGUGUGAAGAAAUCACUCUUUGGCAGAAUGCACAGAAUUUGUGUGUGUUCAGCCUGGUGCUGGCACAUGGCAGGACUGGCCCUGUGUGCAGAGAACGAGCACGCACCCUGAAUUCUUCCCCAGGUCUGUCUGUGCAGGACUGAGGCAGAAAGAUCCUAUAAUGAUCGGUGUGAAGUGAUUUUUUUUAACCUUUCUUUUUUUUUUUCCUUUGGUAUUAAUCGUUGAGGAUAGUUUAAAGGACAGUGUACUUGGUGCUACAUAUUACAACCCUUAAAUGCAGAUGUUUGGGGCCUUCACUGUUAGGAAAUGCUUGGCAGCCCCGAUUUACUGUCUUACACUGUUUGGUCACCCCAUCCAAGCUUUAGGAGAUCAAAUGAUAUCAGAAUGUAAUAUGUUCAACACCAGGCAGCAGGAACAUACAAAUGAGAGGCUGGUUGGAUUCAGCCAUCCAGUCUUACUGCAUGCAUUUAGCUAGGAGCUUACCUUUCCCUUCAAAGUGAAGCUCCUAAUAAGAGAAGAUUCUUUUUGUCACUACUUCCUGAAGACCUCUUAUCUUAGUAACUAAUUCUUCUAACAAAAAUUAAGCUUCCAUCCCAGCUAAAUGUUGGAUUAGGAAAAAAAAAACCAAAACCAAAAUUUCUUAAUAAGUACUUUCCAGUUAAGAAAACUGUGUAUUCUCUGCCCUUCCUCUCUUUAAAAAAAAAAAGUAUAGCUCAUUUACCAAAUGUUCCUGUUUUUACUUUCUAGAAAUGCCUAAAAGUGUUGAGAAUUUUUUGGAUUAGGUUAAGUGAUCUAAUGAGAGGUACAAGUUUUGUCUACAAUUAUAUAGACUGGUUGGUGGAAAUUGCCGACCUCCAUCAAGGCAUCUGUUGUCCUAGUGAUCUCCAUUGGGAUUGGGGAGGUGUUUUGCACAGAUUUUCACCUGAUUUCUUGAGUUUAAAAUCUGGAUUGAAUUGAAAAAUUCAGGAUGUUUACAGUGCAUCAUAUGUCUCUCUCUUCCUCUUUCAUUUUCUUUGUAAAACUAUGCAGUUCUCUCUAGAAUCGUAGGGAUGUUUGAUAUCUCACACAAAACCAGGACAGGAUAUGCUAGCCUUACAUGAGAUUGGAGCUGUUAGUGUUCUUUUAACAGAAAAAAAAUCUGUUAGCAUGCCUUUUAAACAGAUUUAACUCAAGUAGUAGUGCGAAACUAGUUUUCUAAAGCUCUGUUUGGUAAGGUAGAGAUGUGAGUAUCUAGAAUGAGCAAACUCUUUGCUCCUGAUUGACAACUGUUUCAAAGGGAAGAUAUAAGAAAACUGACCCUCAGGAUUGCUGACAUUUACACUUUGGAGGAUAGCUAGAAUUUUAAGGCUUUUAAAAUUGUUGCAUUUCAAAAUAUUUCCUGAAAUGUUGCCUCCACCCCUUCCUCUUGCCAGUGACAUGUUCAACAAAGUUCUUGAGCAUUGAGGACUUACCUCCCUUUUUUAUAAAGUUUGUUGUAUGUUAUUAUUAAAAAGAGUUUGGCUUAAACUAUUUGUAAAAAAACAAAAACAAAAAUAUUUCUUACAAAGCAGAUUUAGUAACAGGCUAAAUGAUUUUUUUUUUCACCCAGCUGAGGCAUGGAAGGAUUUGUAGUAUGUUUUUCCACUUGGACAUGCUCUGUGCAGGAAGCUGCUAGCUGCUUUAGCAUUCAUUUGAUUAGUGAUAUUGAGAAGAAAGGUUUGUGGUGUUUUUUUUUUAACAUAUUAAGACUUAACUAAAAUUUAUUCUAAAGGGGAUAUUUAUACUUUUAUACUUUUUUAGGUAUCCGUAUUUUAUCAGCUUAAAGUUCAAUGCCUAAGUUUCCCCCUGAAAAUAGCAAAUAAUAAUGUAUAUUUACAGAUAAGCAUAACAGCUGUUAGUGUCUUAAACUGCAUCUAAAAGUCUCUGCUGCCAAAGUCCCUGGGUAAGCAUCUGGGGCUAGAGAUUGAUUACGUUGAGCUCCAGCUGUGGUCUAGGGAGUCCUCUGCCCCCAUCAAGGCAUUGUUUUUGCUCUCAUGAGCCAGGCAGAGCAAGCUCAGCAUUCCAUUUCUUGGCUUGGUUUUAUUUGCCUUAGGGAGCAAGAGUCAUGGUUCCCGGGAGUAAGGAUUGCUUAGUGCCUGCCUCUUGUCAUCCACAUUCCAAUCACUGCACAAAAAGGGUAUUUUAAUUCCUUUCUUUUGACCAAGCAACUGUAGUAGGACUUUUCAGGACUGGUUAUAUAGCCAGCAGGCCUGAAAGAGAAAGAGAGAGCUCUAGAAAGAAAGCAUGUAGAUUUCUUGGAAGUAGAAUUUGCUAAGUAGUCCAGAAUUGAAGAGUUUCCUUCAUGGAGUGACUUUAUACUGGAAUACUUUGCCAUUGUUCAUCUGCUUCUCCCCAUGGCAUUGCCUGCCUUUUUGCCUCCACUAUUCUACUGUUUGGGGAUGGGGGUGGAGGGGAAGGAGCACCAUUUAAAAAUGAAAUUUUACUGAUACCUCAUAAAGUUAUUAUUGUUAUGUCUGUCUCUUUGGCUGAAAAGAAAAACGAUGACUAGAAAUGACAAUUUCCCAAAUUUCAUGGGAAAUUUCUAAACUCAUUUGAAAGGAUUUUUUGGGAAGAAAAAAAAAACCUUCUAAUUUCCCUUACUAAGUAGCAAAGCAUUCUCAUGGCCCAUGAGUCAGACCUUAGACUGGGGUUAUUUCUCCCCUAGAGCUCCCAAGGACCUCCUGUAAUAGUUGUUUUAUUCCUUGUGUUUUUGAAAUCUUAUAUACAAAACUAGGUACAGAUAGCUGCCUCCAGAAGAGUCCUGCCACUCUAAAGACUGUUAGGAUUUUCACACCUGCCACUAUCUCAAAGUCAGAAGAGUAGUAUGCUAUAGAAAUGCUGGUGUCUGGUCUGCAUUGGUUAAUCCUCUCUGUCUAGCUGUGGGUAAGAGCAGUUUACCGUAGGUUCCUUCCACCCACACUCUCCUCUGAGAGUAUUAAUUCUCGUUCAAUGUCUUCUGUAUAAACUAGCAGAGAAGCUACUUCAGGAAAUUCUGUACCAUCAUUGGAAAGAUUUUUACUAAAAUUCCAUGAAAAACCAAUUAUCCUAUAGCUUUCCUCCCAGUAUCGGGGUACAGAUGUGACUUUCAAGAGUCUAGGGUAUUUCUCAUAGAGUUGCUGGUCUUGUUGCUCUUUUAAUUUUCUAAUGCCCAUGAAAAUCUUAAUUGAUUCUUAUUAGUUGUCUGGUCCAGUAGUCCAAGGGUCAAACUUCUUUCAGAACUUGAACUAUAGAGCCUGCUGCUGCUGCUGCUGGAAAAAAAUGGGAGUUUAAGAUGUGCUCCUGGUACCACCCUAUUACUCUAUAGUGAGUUCUUUAUUUUCUGGCCCUUAUUACGCAGAAGCUGAAGUCCAAGCAGGUGGGAGGAAGUGGAACAGAAGCUGAGCAUUUCCAGAGAGGGAGGUGUCAGUCUCUAUGAAUUCUGGGACUUGACUCAGGAAUGAUAGUUUGGCCAUUAUUUCAGGCUGUUCCCCGUUUUCCAAAAACCCCUAGAAAAAGCAAAAGUGUUAAUCCUUAGAACAUGCUUUGAAAUAGGGGCUCCCUUGUGGGUCCAAAGAGCACUCAGAAAAGCAGUUGUCAUCACUGUGUCCCCACAUAGGGUUUACCUACUGGCUGAUAGCAGUCUCCAGUGACUCCCUUCCUCAGUGGCAAUGGCCUAUUGGGUCUGACUGCCCUGGCAGCAACUUUGGCCUUUCUGCCUGACUGGGACUAAAAAGGGCUAAUUCUGCACCAUCGUGGGGUUUUUUAGUUGUUUCAUUUUUGUUGUUAUCUGUCCUAAGGAACUCGCACUUUUACUGCAGUGGAUAAUGUUAAGGGCUAACACCUUCCAGGUCUGUCUUUGGGGAUUGUGUGUCUGUCUGUCUAUAAUUAGAAAUGGUGCUCAAACUUAUUUUGAAAGAGUAGCUGCUGCCUUUAAAAAAAAAAAAAGACAAAACCCAAUAACUUUGGAUCAGAUGCACAUGCCCUUGGGGAAAACUAGGUCUCCAUAGGGUCUGAUUUAUUGAUGCCACUAUCUUUGGGUCAUUGGGGGGGGGGUUCCUUUGCCUUCUUCCCUCUCUGUCCCUCUUUUUUCCUCUUCUUACCUUCCAUUUCUGAAUAUCUGUCUGUCACUGCAACCUGUUUGAAUUUCAGGUGAUAGGCGCGAAGAUUGGGAUGAUGCCUUUCCCCUAAACACUCCCCCAAACCUCCCAUCCCUUCUGAUUGACUGAACCAAUCCUGGAACCUCCAGCUUGGCUUUGAGCUCUGAGUUGCUUCUCUGGACUUAGUACUUUGGCACUGUUGCUACUAGAGUUGCCACUGUGAGGUGAUUGGUCUGAAAUGAUAACCAAUUCAAGGCACCUCCCCUCGAAGGCCUGAAUAAUUGUGAUAGGGGCCGGGCAUUUUUUUUUUCUUGGUACUCUUUCUCCAUUUUGGAGAUCUGACCAAGAAGCUUAUGCACAAGUUCAGCCCUGGCCAGUAGAGCAGUGGUUCCCCAAGGAUGUGGACCGUUUCCUUGGUUCAGACCCUGGGGACGCUGGAAAGGGAUGUAUGUUUCUGACUACUCUUAUCUUUCCUUUUCCCAAGGCUACUGAGCUGCUGCUGCUCUUAGACAAGACUGCUCAGUUAAGGCUUGUCUUCAUUUGGGCUGGACUUGAGUGCCGGGGGCCUGGACUUGAAGGCCCUUCCCAUGAGCCUCCCAGUCCUUGUCAAGCGCUCCCAUUUUCUCAUUGGUUUGCUAGGGAGAAAAUUAUCCAUUUGGCUGUGUUUUUCAAUGCCCACCACUUUCCUGAGGUUAUGUCUGUGAUGCUUUAUUCCCAGCUAGCAAAUUAGCAAUAAGUCUUCUUUUCACUCUUUUUAAAGUGUUCUUAUCACAGCAGAGCUUGGAGCCAAGAGUGGGCUCUGGCUCCUGGGCUUUAAAGUUGCAUCAAGGUUAAACUUAGCAGCAGCAAAGUGCACAUGGGAAGUUGUAUCUAAGCAGCCCACCCAGAGGAGUCUGGGAGGGAACCUUACCUGGGGCUUCCUCCUUUGUCCAACGAGGGAAGGGGCUGCCCAUUGUUUCCAGAACAAAUAUGACAAAAUGUGUGGGUGUUUUUUAACCUCCUUUUCAUAACACUAAGCUUAUUGUGAAUUGUAAAUUGCAUGAAAUAAACCUGUUUUCCCUUUU